GUUUUUUUUGUUGAAACGCAAUACAUGAUACACAUUGUCAUGUAUGGUUUUGUCUCGUGAGCCGAGUGUGUUGUGAAAACCCUAAGAGCACACAAGGGUGUGUUGUUGUCCUUCAAUCUGAUAUCUAACAGGUCAAUUCACCUGGCUUUCACCGCCUCCAUCAUUGCUACACGCUGUCUCCAUGACAACUCCUCCACUCGUGUCACCUUUUACCGGGCAGCCGCCGCCUCAGCAGCAGCAGCAGGGCCAGGCGGCGCGUGAUGUCAACACAGCCUCAUUGUGUCGCAUCGGCCAGGAGACGGUCCAAGACAUUGUCCUCAGGACCAUGGAGAUCUUCCAGCUACUCAGAAACAUGCAGCUGCCUAAUGGAGUCACUUACCACCCCAACACCCACCAGGACAGGCUGGGAAAACUCCAGGAGCAUCUUCGCAUGCUUUCCGUGCUGUUCCGGAAGCUGCGCCUCGUCUACGACAAAUGCUCUGAAAACUGUGCUGGGCUGGACCCUAUACUUCCUGAGCAACUGAUACCCUUUCUAGAGGAUGACGGCACCAAACAUGAUGACCACUCAGCUGGCCAGAACCGCCCCGCCGCCGAGGACAGGAGAGAAAUCCUGGAGGUCAACAAGAGGCUGAAGAAGAAGAACCAGCAACUGAAGCAGAUUAUGGAUCAACUCCGCAACCUCAUCUGGGAAAUCAACUCCAUGUUGGCCGUCAGAAGCUAAACCACAUAGUUCGAAAUAUCACGAACAAACGCACACACACGCUGAGGAUACCUGGCGACGUGAAGGUACCACAGACUUGCUGAGGCAGCACUUUAUUGAAGAAGUGACAACUUUGGCAGUAUAAACCUAUUUCCCGAGAAGGAAAGUGGGGAAAAAUGGAAACACAAAGAGAGGGGUUAGUAGUAGGCAACCCACUGAAACUGUGCUCAGAAAAUGGUCUGUCUACCUCGAUAUUCUUCAUUUCAAUCAGCUCAUAAGAGUGGAUACAUGUUUUAUCUAUUUGUAGCACAUACAGAGUUAAUAUCUGUAGAGACACAUUGAUAUAUUCUAUUUAAUCCUCAUUUUCUUCGUAUGUUGUUAGAAUAUUCUUAAAUAGUUGUACAUUUCAUCACUUUAAAUACUAAAAUAAGACAAACCUACAUGUGGCUAUUGACCCGAAUAUAAGACGACGCUUGUUUUGCAAGCUUGAUCCUUGCAUAGCUGCUUGAGAGUAGUUUCUGCUUCAUUGGUCACCGUUGUGUUAAAAUUUGCACCAAAGCUGUUUGCUAAAGGUGCGUUCAUGCUUGUCAUGUUUAGUUCGGUUAAAAUGAACGCUUGUGCAUUUGGUCAAGUGUGAACACAACCUCCGGAGCCCUGGUGUGCACCAAAUAAGUGAACUGAGCCCGCUUGAGAGAGAUGGGUCUCGGUGUGCUCGCACGUGAACUUUGGUGCGGUUCACCUGAACUCCCAACGUGAACGCUACACAGACCAAAGACAUGGAACGACGUAAAAAUACAACAUUAAUUAAUACAGUAAUUCAUGGGUCACCUCCUGAAAUGUGAUUGUUUUUUUGGUAACAAUUAAAAAGGUGGAAUUACUAAGUUAAGUGGACAUCAUGGACUAAUUCAACUUUCAAGGAUGCUUUUUGUACAAAUUCAUAACCGUUGAUUCCUGCUUUUUGCACACUGAAGAAUUACAAAAAUUUGAAACUGAGCGUAAUUGAGGCCUUCAUAAAAAUAUCUAUAUUUAACACACGGUAUGCUCCCCCCACCGCCUCCAUACCCUCCUGCGAGCUUGACGUCAGGGCUGGGCGAUAUGGACCGAAACUCAUAUCCCGAUAUAUUUAUGUUGAAUAUCGAUAUACGAUGUAUAAUCCCGAUAUUUUUUUCCUCAAAGUGAGUUUAGACAAAGUCGAAGCCAAAUAUGCGUGCAAAGUUGUUUUAUUAAAAUGUAAAAAAUCAGUCAAAUAAAAUAGUCCAUUCUUUUUUAAAUAAAUAUAAGAAGUAGAAUAUAAUCUUCAUUCUUCUUUAGAGCAAACCUUUAGCUGUGCUCAAUCCUCAGUUAAUACCAAAAGCACAAAAGAACAAUAUAUGAAAUAAAGUCCCCGUAUAAAAGAGGACAUUUUUAAAUAGCAGCAGCAACUAAAAAAUACUUUACUUUGAACAGUAUUGUUUUUUUUUUUUUAAGAAAGCAGAACCUCAUAGGAGAGACAAAAAAGUGAGUACACACACCUUAAUCAUGUUUAGAACUACAAAUACGUAAACUUGAUUUGUAGUUUAAUUUAAAAUUGGCCAUCACUUCAUCAAAAUAAAAUAACUUUAAUAUUUUAACUCAGCUAGCGCCUCUCAAAGUGUAGAUGGCGUAAAAAUUACAUCCGGCUCGCCUCCCGUCUCCUCCUUUUAUCUUGUAGUUGGAACUACCUGUUUAUCUAUCACACAUCGUUCUUCCAUCACAUGUUCUGACCGACUAACAGGAGGUAAGCUGCCGAGUCCCAAUGAGGCGUGAGUGUAAUGAGUAGUCAUUUUAUGAAGAUUAAGAAACAUUUCUGUUUUUGAUCCUGAUCUUUAAAACAGGGCUUGAUCCCCCCCGGCGGCAUCGCGCCUCGAGGAUGCAUGGAUCUCUCUAGAUCUACUUUCACUUUUUAAGUCCCCAAAUACCAGAAAACUCUUCGACGGCGCCAGAAAAAGUAGCUAGAUUUGUCGCCAGUCGCUUUUGAGAAAAUAUGUCGGCAGAUUUCGCAACACAGUCGCCAGGUUGGCAACACUGGAGCUUGUCACUUUGUUCAUUUUUAUGGGAGCGUAUGCUCCGCCCCUCCUCUCUCCUACUUUAUGCAUGGAGGGGUCGGGUCCGGAACCUCGCUCAGGAGCGCUGCACUCACAGCAGGGUGAUGAGUGACACCUCCGCAUCAAGUUAUAAGAGAUCAGCGCAAAUCCAGUCUAUAUCGAUAUGAACGAAAUAUCGUUUAAUAAUAUCGAUAUAUCGCCCAGCCCUACACCGCAGCAAUCUUUACUUCCGUAAACACACCAAAAAUGCGUGUUAUGUUGUGCUUUUGCACUUUUUUUUCACAUGCUUUCACACUAACAGGUCACAUUUUUUUGGUAAUGUGAACAACCGCAUAAGAAAAUCCUUCCUGCAGUGGGGAACGUACCCUUAAUUUGAAUUUAAUUUAAAUAUUUUUAUCAGCCCAUUAGCUUGCUAAUACAUGGAAACUGGAAGCAGAAGUCAGCUCCGUUGCCCGUCUAUGAUGUCACCAGUGGUUGAUGCUAUAGUUCUUUGCGAACGAACACGGAUCACGGCUGCAAAAUAACCCACAACGGAGCCAAAGAAAGUUGCAAGUGCCAGCAUGUUGAUAGAGAAGGUAAUAAACGCUAAUGAAUUCAAGAAAUAACUCAUGACAAAACACCAAGGUGGUGUCUGAGGGGAUCUUGCUGUCACAUCGCCGUCUUUUGUCAAUAAUCAUGUCUUCAGUGAAGGUAAAAGUGACGUUAAAUGUUCAUUUAUUCCUUUCAUGUAUCAUUUAUAUGUAUUUCUAAGUGUUUUUUGCAUGUCAAAUUGUAAUUAUAAAGCUAUGAAAAUGUAUUUUGUGCUAACAUUUUUGAGACGUGUGGUGUAACAGUAUUUGUUAGCAAAGAACUACAGAGUCAACUGCUGAUGACAUCAUAGGCGGGUGACGGAGCUGACUUCCGGUUAAUGUUUCCAUGUAUUAGCAAGCUAAUAGGCUACUAACAAGGACGUUUUGUAAUGAAAAAUACGUGAAGCAAGCAUUUGGACUUUUGGUGGAGUGUUAGUAACAUGACAAGACGCGCGCGCUAACCAGAAAAUGUACACAAACCGGGGUGAAAGUUUUGUCGUUAACCAAAAGCUUUCACUGUAUUACCUUCAGUUUGCUUUGUUACAACGGGAAGAGGUUUUAGGAAUGAGAACAUAUACUGGACAUUAUGGUAUGGAUGUAGUGUGACUCCAUGGUCACAUAUACUGUAAGUCAUCACUUGUGUUUUACAGUUUUUGUGUUUUUCCUUUUAGAACCUGUGUGACAAUUUGGCUAACAGAUGAUUCCUAUUUCUGUUAUUAGCUAUGGGAACGUGUGUACCAAUGUAGACAAAUGUUAGUUGUUAGUACACUGGAAUGGGUUGACUUCACUGUUUCCGCUGCACCAGACCCAUGUUUCCGAUCUAAUGCGGUGAUUCUCGACUGGUGGCGACGUUUUCAGUGGGUCGUGGGACUCUGCCUGAGCAAAAAAAAAAAAAAAUGUAUUGACUCAUUUCCAUGAAUGCACCUCGCGUUCUUGUCUGUGCUAUUCACUUGCGAUGCCGCCACCAGGUGCGUCAAUCCCUUUUAAAUAUAAGAUAUUUGAGAGGUUUGAGUUAAAAAAAUAGUCAUUGAAGGUGGUGAUGGUCGCACAUCCAAACCAGUUGAAAACCACUGAUAUGCUGUAUAGGCGAGAAAAUCCACUAAGAAACCUCCUUAUCAUCCACACACUGUCAGGUCCUCAUGUACUGUCUACACACACACACACAUACACACAUACACACGAAUGAUAUGGUUGUGUUCUGUAAAGCAGGCACAGGCCUUGUAUCUAUUAUUACCACACCAUUGUUCUCAACAAAGGAGGACACAGGCGGUAUUUGAAACAGAAAAAAGAAUGUGCUCGUGAUUAAUAAACCUCCCUUUCAGUGGUGUUAUUAUGUUCCAGAGGGCACGGCAGCAUGCAGGGACUAUUAUUACUGUACAAAUGUGUGCUCACAUUCAGCAUCAGACAGCGGUCAGAGGAGGAACACGUGUUUGUGCAACACUCUGAAAAAAAUGUGGGACUCAUUUGUUUAUCAUGCGCUUCCAACCGCAAACAAUUAUACUCACUGGCUACAACGUUACAUACACAAUCUAAUGACAUCCAACUGUGGAAUUUCUCAUUAGAAUAAAACUCAGCAGAGAGCAGGAGUCUGAACUCCAUUAUUAGUUGUCUGACUUUAAAAAUGUUAUGGAAAAAUGAGUGCCGCCCAACAGGUAAUGGGGAUUAUUACAAGGUGGGGGCCAAGUGACACGCAACACAAGCUUGUUUCACCACAGCUCCAUCUGCUGGGCAUGGUGGGUUACUGCUCGGGGUGGCUAUUCCAUGGGACAAAUCGGUACUUAAAAAUUGAACAUACAAAAAAAAGUAAAUUACCACGUACCCCGUGAACGUGACAGCCAUUGUAGUUUCCCUGUGGGACAAAAACGAACGCUGAACAAAUCUCAUUGCUAGUUUGUUUUAAACUAAAAAAGUCACAGUUGGAGUCUGUGUAGCAGAGACUAGGCGGAUAACUAUAGCUAGCAAGUUAGCUUCUGCCAGAGAGACAAUUGAGCCAGGCAAAAUGUGUAAACAAAGAUGGUAGAAUAGUCGAACUUCAAUACGAGUCAAACGUGAGCGAUCACACACGCUGGCAUUGAUAGUCUCAGACUGUGACAAGCUGUUGUCAACAGACUACACUUUUCAGACUAUUUUUCAUUCUCACGGUACUAAGGGACGUCCCUUGCCAACUCCAUAUGGAACACAUACUUUUAUCUGCACAGGUAGAUGAAAAAUUCACUCAUAAUGUCAUAUUUUAGUUGCAAAAUGCGACUUUUUAGUCGCAGUCUGGAACACUGCUUUAGGUGCACACUUUCUGCACAGUUGGAGCAGAAAUUGUGGCGAUGUGAGACUCGUGUUACGGUGUUUGCUCAGUAAGCCUGCACGCCAAAGUCGUAUGCUCAUGGAGCAAAAUGAAGUUAGUGUCAUGACAUGCUUGUGUUGUAAUGGUGAUGUUCAGAAUCCCAGUCUUUGCGAGUGCGCCUGGCUGUGUGGAUGAUAAUAAUAUGGAAACCAGGAUUCCACUUUAUUCUAACACUAUGGUGGCUGGCUUUGUGCAAACUGACCUUGAACCUAGUCUGUGAUGGUCUGAUUCAAACAUCUUGACUGCGGUUUCUUGGUGUUCAUUAUUUCUUAUACAUCAAUCUCUCGUGAUGUAGAUUAAACUCGGGGUCAGACUGUGUCAGGGCCGAGAUAGGCAGGGCAACAUUUGUCAUUCAGCUGCACUGGGGUGACCUGAUUAGACCCCAAAACUGCUGGAGCAUCUUUUUUUUUAAAGCCAGCAGACUGAGAGGCUUUGAUUGUGUGCAGGGACGUGUACUUUGGCAUCCAAAUGAGCAAAACUGCAGGAUGAGGAACACAGAGAAGAUACUGUCGCAUUUCCACCUUGCUACCUGGAAAAUUAAGACAAACAUGACAGGUUUUUGUUGCUAGAGUACCUCAAGACUUGAACGCGACGAACACAAAAUUCCCACUAUUUUCUAACACUAAUUCUUCUAAAAAAUUCUUUCAACAUCCACAUUGCUCGACCGAUUCAAACCACUUGUGACUCUUCCCGACAUUCCCACUUUUCCGCAGCACAAAUUCAGUCCGUUUGCCUUGUGCUGCACCCUAUGCGUGGCUGACUCGCCGUCCGUGCAUUUUUGUUUUUUAGUGCAACUGCUAAAUAACCCACCAUGGGGCCAAAGAAAGCUGUGAGUGCCAGGAACUUGACAAAGAAGGUGAGAAGCACCAUUAAACAGGGAUGUAUGGGUCUGCAUCAACAAUAAGUUCCAUCCAUUAGUCAUCUAGACUUCAACAGACUUUAUUGAUCCACAAGACAAAUUGCUCGGUUGCAGUAGCUCAAUUGCAGAAGAAAAAGAAAAACACUCUGAUAUAAAAUGAAAAACAAUAUGAAUAAAAUAGAAAGAAUAAGAAACAAGAUUUUGAUAUUUACAGAUGGUGAGUAAAAUAUAAGUAAAUACAAGUACAUUUACACUAUUUAGAAUAAUUAUAGCAAUAUAACAAUUAGAAUUAUUUUGUGUUGUUCUUUUGCUUGUGAAACGAUACAGUAAGCCUUCGUUUAUCGCGGUUAAUUGGUUCCAGACCCAAUCGUGAUAAGGGAAUUUCAGUGAAGUAGGAUUCAAUAUUAAGAAAAUGAAUAUUUUCAUAUUUAGAGCAUAGAAAACCUGUUUGACUUUCUACAUACGUGUUUUAACAUGACUAGAGCCCUGUAGACAUGAAAUAACACCCCUAUAGUCACUUUUACGCUCUAUUAUACUUUGUUUACAUCACAUUACGCAGGCUACGGGUUCCCUGCGGUGUCAUAAGAGACGGCUGCCGCUAGCAUAGCAAGCUACCGAGCUUACUAGUUAACCUCUCCAAUUUACUUAUUCUGAACUUGAAGUGUUUCAAACAGAGUGGGUAAGAAAGACAAAGAAGCCAAAAACGUACCACUUCCACACAUUCAUUUCAACAUGAGCUUCUCUUUCCACACUUGUGGCCGUUAAAAAGCUUUAUGAUUGUGACAGAUGAGUUCCAGUGGGGGGUUGGGGGGUAUCAUCCUUUGUCGUUAGAUAUAAAGCGCACCAGUGAGACACGGGUAUCGUCAAAUGAGUUUUAUUAUAAAUCAUUCUUACAAAAUCAGCAUUUAUCUUCUAUCUCAUCUGUGACCUUUUAUAAAAGUCUCGAGUGGGAAGGAGGGGGGUGAAGGCAUCAGGACAGUCCGUCAUAUGUCAGCUUCUGGCGGGUCAUGUGAUGAUAAAUAAUCCAAAACAUGGUCAUGCACGCAUGGUCGUCGUGGUAACGGUGUGCAAACACACAUAAAAAAAAAGGCGGGGUUUCGUCGUGCUGUGCAUCGAGGUGAGUCCACAACAAAACGUCCUCGGCAGUGCAAGAACUCAUGUUGACAAAAGGCACAAAUCAACAAGAUAAACACGAAUUGUCUGUCACAUUUUUGUUUUUGGGAAGACCUUCCACAACAUCAGAUUCACAAAUUCAACUUGCAUAAUAGAUUCCUUUUUGGUCCGGACCCAAUGGGAUGACAAAAGGGCUAAAAGAUGGAAGAAGCGCUUGUGCCGAGCUGCGUGCCACCGUGUCUCAUGAUCGCCAUCGCACGUGCAAGCUAAGAUGCUAGCGCAGCUCGGCACAACGCCUCCCAUCUGCUGCAGCCGCUUAUUAUUCUCCAUCUUCCUUUUAGUGGGCUUUUGCGAUUGGACUCCCGCCGAGAGCCAGGAUGGUGCAGCCCAAUCCAAUUUUAGAUCAAUGGCGUAUGCAACCGUUGUCAGACUUCAAACUCCGCUGUGGCACUUUCACAUGUUGCACUUUUGUUCAAGAGGGAUGCAGCAAAGUGGACGUUUGCAAUCAAACUUUAGAGUACAGUAAUCCCUCGUUUAUCGCGGCCAAUUGGUUCCAGACGUGACUGUCAUAAGUCGAUUUAUGCGAAGUGGGACUGCUCAUAUAUAAAUGGAAUAUUUCUGUAGUUGGAGCAUAGAAAACCUGUUUAACCUUCUAAAUAGAGGUUUGAAGAUUACUAGAGCCCUCUGGACAUGGAAUAACACCCCUAUAGUCACCUUUACAUUCCUAUCAUCCAAUAUAGUAGUCAUAAUCAGAGAAAAUAAGACAUAAAUAGGACUCGUGGUCAUGUGUGUUGCUGUAAAUGUGUUCCGCUGUUAGGGGAGCUGAGUGCUGGGCGAACAGGAAGUGACGUUGGGGAGUUUAGAUUGAAUUUUCAGUUUAGUGUGGGUUACAGCUUUUUAUUAGGGAUUAUUGUGCCUGUCUGGUGCUUGUGUCUCUCACCGGACAUUACAGUAACAUUACUGACACCUGGUGACCAGUGUAGAAUACUACAUAUAAUCACAACGUCUUUGAAUGUGUCUUCUGAAUGCCGUAUUUGUUCAUUUAGCCAUUUUUAUGAUAGGAAAUGCUUAAUUUGGGCAAAAAAUACGUCAAAUUUACUUAGAUGUGCAUAUUUUGGGACUUGAAUAAGCCGUAUUCAAUCACGAAACAACAUGAUUUAUUCAUUCAUACAUUUCUGAACAAGCGUGAUGGAGUGAAACCGCCAAAUUUGAAGCGCAAAGUGGCGAGGGAUUACUGUAUAGACGUGACAUCCACAGCCGUUGUUCUCUACGUAGCUGGCAACAAGUGAGUACCUCCAGUCAAGCGUCACGGUCUGCGGCUGCAUGAGUCCUACCGGUUCAGGGGAGCUGCUUAGGGAAAACCAAUGCAAACCUGAACUGGAUUAUUGGCAUCUGACAUCCGACUUCAUGCAUGAACUCCCCUCAGCAAUGCAGUACAGGCCUAGAACGUCACCUCAGAGACUACACAGUAAAAAAAAUAAAUAUAUGUUUAUGUACAGUGCAGUGAGUUAUGAUUUUAUCUGCAAAGCUGAGGGAAAUGUAGUUUACUUGAUAAUCUCCAACAUAUAUAUUUAUAUAAAAGAAAAUGAGACAUUGAAACGUUAAAAUAAUAGUACACCGAGUAGGAAACAGAUGCUGAAAAAAGUGCUCAAGAUCAACACUUAGUUGCAACAUUUCAGUCAAAUCACAGUCCAACGAUGAAAUCACAUCAGCAACAAGGGGGAAAUGCAUGAUAUUCAUAAUGUAUGCAAAAAAGAUACGGCUUUUUGGGCUUUUAUCAUAUCAAACUCGCAGUUAUGAUACUGCAAAAAAAAAAAAAAAUCCAAACGAAAUGAUUCAAAAAGGUAUAUGUCACGUCGAAAUAUCUCAUCGCCAUAAGGGAGCUUUUAAAAUACUUUUCAACGAUAUUUUUGUACGUUUUAGUGUAUUGUUUUCUGUUCGGUUUGGCCCUAAUACUUCAUGAAGUGGUAAACAUAUACAGUGGAACCUCCACAUGUUAACGUAUGGUUAUUAUGGGGGGAAACUGCGUACUUUUUGGUUACUUUUGGGCAGAUUUUUUGGGGUUUUUUGUGUGGCCACCACAGUGAUGGCGAACAGGAAGUGUGAUGAUAACCAUAGAAGCUUAUUGUAACCUAGCGUCCUGACUGCUCAGCACAAUACCGUGAAAGUAACACUAAAUUGGCACUACGGUGUUCCCUCGUUUAUCGCGGGGGAUGGGUUCCCAAAAUAGUCCGCAAUAAGUGAAAUCCACGAAGUAGCCAGCUUUGUUUACAAUUAUUGUAUAUGUUUUAAAGCUGUAAAACCCCUCAGCAUACACUUUAUACAUGAUACAUUUCUCCUGUUUAAACACUCUCUAAGCUCAAAUUUCGUUUGAACUUUAAUGAUCAACCUACUAGGUUGGACACAAAAAAUGAUUAAGUUUUAUUGUAUUAUUGCUUUUGCCGUCCUACUCCUCCAACCGAAGAUUCAUUUAGCAGGUUAGCUGCUGCUUCUUCUAUUUAUUGGCAGUUAGCAAGCAGCUCACACAGUUGGUUUGCUAGCGACCAUCGACCACAACAGAAAACGGCACGAAGGAGACUGACUGAUUGACAGUGGUCUACAGCCAAUCGGGACGCAGAACACAAUGGGCGGGUUCUCGCUUAGUAAGGAUGUUGUGGCUCUAUAUUUAGCCGUCUACUGUGGGUUCCUGAAAUGCUCGUACAGGCACGUAAACAUACUGAGACGAGGCCUCACAUGUCUUCAACUCUCACAUGACUAUACAACACCCUCUACUGGUGGCAGUAGUAAAUACAAUAACAGACACAUACAACAGAGCACCGAUAGAUCGCUCUAAUACACCCCCAGGAUGCAGAACACAGUGCGUGUUAAUACGCUGUUAAAAAAAAUAUGCAAAAUUGCACUUUAAAAAAAAACAACCAAUCCGCGAAAAGUGAACCGCGAUGUAGCGAGGGAGCACUGUACUGAUAAAAGAAGGUAAUGAGGAGUAUAGUUUGUGUAGAUGUCACAGGCAUAUGCGGUAAAAAGUGUUUAACUUCUUUUUACACUUGUAUGACAAUAACUAAACCGUGUUAAUGCAUAUUAUAUACUCCUGCAGUGGUUAGCUUCUUUUAGCAAUGAUGCUCAUCAAGGUUUGGCCCCCGCAACAGAUUAUGGACAUGUCCAUUUUGAAAUAAGAACAAAGGGGAGGUUCCACUGUACUUUUUUUAUUGUGGCGCUUUGCUUUUUGCAGUGAGUUGACAUGAUGCAAAAACACUUGAAGAUAAGCGUUAGGCUGUGUCUCAGAUGGAACACUGUGCUUAGUUUACAGUCAGCUUUCAUGCGCCCCAGCUAUCGUACGAUUCAGUUUUCGCCAAAAUUUUGCCUUGGUUUGUCGUACAGUAUUGCACGUAACAAACUAGUCUGUGCUGUAUCAUUCUGCGAAGUCGAGUGCCCAAACAAAGCACCCUACGAGCUGCUGUCCUUACAUUAAAAAAAUAACCCACCAUGGGGCCAAAGAAAGUUGCGAGUGCACUUUGAUAAAGAAAGCGAGAAACACGAUUUAAUCCUAUCACACCAGGAUGUACGGGAAGUCCACAUCAAUCCAUUCAUAAUUAUUACAAAUGAUUCUCUAUAAAAUGUAUUUUUGUUCAUAAUUUUUAACAUGUAUGCGUCUAUAUUAUGUCUUAUAUAAUAUACAUCUUAUAUCAGCUAUAUUGGGUAAUACAAGUGUAAAGGUGUUAUUUCAUGUGUAGAGGGUUAUAAUAAUGUUAAAAACCGUAUUUAGAAGGUGGUAAGCAGGUUUUCUAUGCUCUGACUACAAAAAUAUUUAGAAAUUUUGAAAUAAGCAAUCCUAAUUUUCGGAAAUUCACAUAUCACAGUCGGGUGUGAAACCAAUGAACCGCAAUAAGCGAGGGAUUACGGUAAUGACAAAAACCAAGGUAUAACUGUACUUAGUUCCUGACUGCACACAGUUUGACAGCGUGACAGCACACGAUCAUCGCAAUACUUGCCCGCUUCACCUUCACUGCUUUGUACCGCGAAGGGUUCCGCUUUGUAGCCAAGAUGGCGACCACUGAGUGUUGCAUUCUUGCACCAUUUGGACUCUGGGCACCUUCUCACUCAUGCACUCAAGUGUACUGCAGCUAAGUGUAAGUACGCUAGUGCGCCACUUGAGACACAGCCUUAGUUUUUUCCGUUUGAUUUGACUCCUCGUAGCGUCCGUCUUUUAUGGCACUAAAAAAAAACAACAAAAAAAACAUGGACACACCCUCUCCUCUCUUGAGCUCUGACUUCGGAUUGCACGUCUGACAGAAAGGCCGCUAAUAACGUGUUGCUUUCAUUCAAGUGUCUGAGUGGACUCCCCCCUCAAAUGAUCAAUGAAAGGCCAACUGUCAGCCAUGUUGCCAUUUAAGGUGCACACGAUCAGCAUGUGUGGUGGCAACACAACAGCAACGUGUGCGGGGCUGCGAUGCAACAACAAAAUACGUCUGCGUAAAAGCAUAGCCGGUACCACAUUUGAAAACAGCACCUUGGUGUCGCAAACUAAUACAGGCAGCAGAAGAAUGUGCAAUAAAUAACUUUUGAAAAAAAAUGGCACGCCAAGGAAAUGCUCACGAAAAGACCAGCUGGCAUGUUGCAUUUUAGGUCAGAAUUUGGAUUUGGGUGAGAGGAAAGACACACAGUGUGGAAGUACAGUAGGAGGGCGAUGCAGAAGAUGAUAAAGUAUGAGCACAUUAAGGCAGGGACUGAGGACGUUGUGAGACUCAAAUAAUGCGUGACAAUAGCUGAGAAUAUGAGAAAGAUUGGCUGCUCACUUCCAAUUGAGUCGACCGCAAUAAAAACGGACGAUGCUCUCAGUUCCAACCCUUGGAUACAGCUGAUUUGUACAAAAAUCAAACCAGGCAAUAAAGCAGCGCGGGUCGGCUUGGGGUGGGUGGCACCGAGUCCAGUAUCAUGUCCUGAUGCGGGAUGAGUUGCUAGGGGUGACCAGACAAACACACACCUUCCCUCUUGUACCGCCUUGCAGCGCGAGCAGGAUAGUCAAGGUCAUCCACAAAAAAAUAUUCUAUCCAAUAUUCUAUAGAGUCCUGCUCAUCAGUUGACGUGUGGUUCUUCUUCGUCUUUACUCCCAAAAUUUCUGCAUGGGCAGCACGUGCGCUCAUGCGCAGACGGCAUCUCGCGCCUCCCACCCACCCUGGGCGGGUCAGAGCCUCUCGAUGUCCCUGUAUUUCUUGCGCAGGAUGGAGACCUGGUCCUUGAACAGGACAGGAUCCAGCCUCAUCUGGGAGCGGACCAGCGGCAUUGAGCCAAACCAGCUGGCAAACUUGUUCAUGCACGUCUGCCGUUGAGCGAAGUGGUCCGGGUCGGCCCAGCGAGAAGCUCUUGACGACUGGAGGGGAGGCGAAACGGGAGAGUCAUGUGACCACUUGGAACGUUUUUGAGAAAGUGGGCCUAACAUGAAGACCACCUUGAUCCUUGAUCUCACAAAGAUAGAUUUGUAAAUAUUUAUUAAUUAAAUGUACCACUUUUUAAAUGUGAUUUAAACAGUAUAUUAGUCAUAUUGAGGAAUAUCCUUUUCUUUUUACAAUACAAAUAUACAUACAUACAUAUAUAUAUAUAUACACACAUAUA